AUGCCCAACGGCCACACCCACGUCUUCACCGGAGACAUUCCGGCGAUGUGGCUGCGCGACUCGGCAGCGCAGGUGAACCAUUACAUCCCGUUGGCCGCCCACGACCUCCACCUCCAGGUCCUCAUCGAAGGCCUGAUCAAGCGGCAAGCCAAUCGGAUCCUGCUGGACCCCUACGCCAACGCCUUUCGCGACCAACUCUUUCACGAUCUGUCGGCCAACGACCGGCGGGUGGGCAAGACGGAGGAGAUCUGGGAGCGGAAGUACGAGGUCGACUCGCUGUGCUACUUCCUCUCCCUCUCCUUCAAGUACUGGAACGCCACCGGGAGCACGACGAUGUUCGACGACGAGUGGCUGCGCGCGGCCGAGCUGGUGGUGCGCACGUGGAAGCUGGAGCAGAACCACGACCCCGACACAUCGCCGUACAAGUACCACAGCGAGAUGGCGAAGCGCGGAGUCGGCGCGGACGCGGCCUACACCGGCAUGACCUGGAGCGGGUUCAGGCCGUCGGACGACGCGUGCAAGUAUCCGUUCCUGGUGCCGUCCAACAUGUUCGCCGUGGUCACGCUGGGCUACCUGGCUGAGAUCGCCGAGCGGGUCUACGCCAACGGGGCGCUGCGGGCCGAGGCCUUGGCCCUGCGCCAGCAGAUCGACGACGGCAUCCACAUGCACGCGGUAGUGAACCACGAUGUAUACGGCAAGAUCUACGCCUAUGAGACGAACGGCUUGGGUCGGCACAACCUGAUGGACGACGCCAACGUGCCGUCGCUGCUGUCGAUGCCCUACCUGGGCUACCGCUCGCCGCACGACCCCGACGGCGCGAUCGCCAACAACACGCGCCGGUUCGUGCUCUCCGAAGGCAACCGCUACUUCUACACCGGUAAAUUCGCCAGGGGGGUGGGCAGCCCGCACACGAAGCGCGGGUAUGUGUGGCACAUUGCUCUCUCCAUGCAGGCGCUGACCUCAAUCGACCCCCGCGAGAUCCGGGACCUCAUCGCCACUUGCGAGAACACGGACGCAUCGACCGGGCUGAUGCACGAGUCCUUCGACCCCGAUUUUCCAGACAACUUCUCACGGCCGCACUUUGCGUGGGCCAACUCGCUGUUCGCCGAGCUGGUGCGCGACAAGCUGUCACUCCUUCUCACGCCCACCACCGACAAAUAG